GCAGGAACAACUACAGCGGCCAAGACCAUCAGUACUACAGCAUGUACUAGCGCCGUCGGCCGGUAAUACUGACGGACAACUUGGCAGGGACCAAGAGCUCGUGCCGCCCGCAGGUGAUCAAGAACAAAAUGAAGAAGCAGACAAUAUUGACGAUAUUAUCGACGAACUCGAUAGAAGUGGCUCGGAGGUGGAAAGUGGAGACCCCUUGGACUACCUCCCGCUGGAUAACUUGUUUGACGACACGUCGGCCAUCGUGAAUCAGAUGCAGCAAUACCAUUACGACUCGAGCGCCGCGAUUACCCCGACCGUGGAUUUGGGGUUUUAUGGCGUCCGCUUUCCGCCGGUGCAGAUUCCGGACUUUGGCGAUCAGGGCCUGUCGAAUAUGGAAUCCGAUGUGGACAUAUCAACGGAAAAAUGAAGUCUUUCCACGUACAAUAAACGGUCUAGUGGUUGCUGCACUUCUUCACAAUCACAGAUUGCAGCUAUGCUUAGCGCGCCUGCUCCUGCCGCUAUGCAAUACAAAUUUGUUUACUAGGGUGAUGUACGACCACUUAGUUUCUGCAUGCAUCACGAAAAUGAAUUCCAUUUAUACGGCGUGUAGCUACAUCACUUUUUCCUGUCUUAUAAGGCUCCGAAGCGGAGCGCCAGGUUUUGGACCCACACCCGUCUUCCCCUUCUUCUAUCACAGGAAAAAGUGUUCACGUUAACGGAAUUUGUGAUGCAGCGAUGCAUCACAAAACGUGUCAGAGUUUGUCAUGCAUAACAUGCAUAUUAGACUACAUUUGUGAUGCAUGACCGUAAUCUGUGAAAACCGUUCACGUUAAAACGUUUUCUUGUGAUAUCUUCUCUCACU